UUUGUGUUUCAAUAUUUUUACCAAAAAAAUAAAAGCAAAUUAACCAUAUUACUCAGCUCAGGCUGUGAAACGAGUAUUCGACCAUGAAUAGAACACUAGAAUAUUCGCUGCUGCAGGACGAUUUGUUAUGCUGCCGUGUUUGUUUAAUGACGGACUGUAGACUGUACAACAUACAUGAGUAUAAACUCGCCGAUACCUUUACUCGCAUCUCUGGGACUCCUGUGUCGCGGGACAGGCUGCCGCAGUACCUUUGCACGUACUGCCACACGCUGCUCCUCAAAUGCUCAUCCUUCAGAGACAUGUGUCUCCGCACGCUGGAGCUUCUCACGCCUGCGCUGCUCAAGGGGGCGCUGGACACAGAUUAUGUUCGCAAAUACCAAAACCCUCACCGGUCGCUCAACUUAACUCAAACUGAAAUCAUAAUUGUAGAGUUAAACCCAUCAGAAGAUUUAUUUCAUAAACAAAUACUGAACAAACACAUAAAUGAAGAAAGUGUUCACCUAGACACCAUCAGUGAAGCUUCUCUUGAAGCACCUGAUGUCCAAGAAGAUUUAAUUGAAAUCAGUGAUGAUGAUUCUGAACAACUCGUUUUAAAAGAUGAAAUCAGUAAGAUAAAAAAGGAGACUUCAAUUUUAAAAAAUGUCUUGUUAACUGGAAGAGUCUUAAAAAGCAAAAAAAGUAUUAAGGCACCAAAAAAGACCAAUAAAGUCUCGAAAACUGUAAAAAACAUAAACAGCAAACAGACUAAAACUAAAGUUAAGCAAAAUUUAAAGACAGGACAGGUCAAUGAAGGUAUGGAUAUUGAUAAAAAUAUAAUGGAGACAGGGAAAGAAAUAGAAAAAAUGAAAAUGUUGACAAUUGAAAUGAAGGAUAAUAAAUUUGAAUUUAAUAUUGCUGGUGAAUCUGAUGACGGUGAUGGUAAUAAUGAGCUUACCUAUGAAGUUGAAGAAGUGCCUGUAGAAUUUAAGGGAAGAAAGAAGGAAAGAAGGAUGAAAAAGCGACCUGACACUGAUUUUGCCAAAUUCGCGGGUAGCAUUAACCAUGCAUUUGUUACUUUAACCAAGGAAGAGCAACUGGAAGAAAUCGCAUCGCGUAAGAUGUCCCAGAUAUACUUGGAGGCGCCGUUUAAGUGUGAGGACUGCGGGAAAGGGUACAGCGAUGAGCCCGCCUUCAAGACCCACCUAGUCCGGCAUAGCCCGACCACGGGUCCGCGCUGCUGCGAUAUCUGCGCUGUGCGUAUACACUCGAGUGGCUUCGCCCGACACCUGGCCCGCCAUCGAAUGAAGUUCAUUUGCAAUGAAUGCAACUUCCUAUCUAGGGAUAAGGGUCAAGCGAAGAGGCAUUACGAAACACACUCGGGCAAGACCUACAACUGCCCGCACUGCGAGAAGUGGUUCAUAAAGAGCACCUCGUACUUCUCCCACUUGCGCCUGAUGCACCCGGAGCUGAAUGUGGACUGCGUGGACUGCGGCGAGACCUUCGUCAGCGAGUACGGGCUCAAGCAACACAGGAACAAGUCACACGUGAAAUCGCGUCAAUUUGUGUGCACUCUCUGCACAGCUAAGUUCAAUAGUGUCUCGGCGCUGAAGAAACACAUAGACUCGGCCGGCGAGCAUACAGGCCUGUGGCCGUGCGAGCAGUGCGGCGAGAACUGUGCGAGCGAGCAGGCGCUACAGCAACACGUGGGGGUGAUACAUCCCAGUGAGACGCAUCACUGCGAACUGUGUGACAUAACGUUCAGUAACGCGGCGGCGUUCGACACACACAAGCGCCGCAAGCACCUCGGGCAGCGGUACAAGUGCCCGACACGUAAGGAGCACCGCUGCAGAAUCAAGAACAGGGGCACAGCAUACAAACCGCACCGCACGUGCGUCUGCGACCAAUGCGGGGUUACUAUGCCGAACUCGUCACUUCUCGAAUAUCAUAAGCGCACGCAUCUCGCCGUGAAGCCAUACGCCUGUCCUCAAUGCCCGAAGACAUUUGUGAUGCGAGCCCUUCUAAAGCUACACAUGCGGUCGCACACGGGGGAGAAGCCAUUCCAGUGCUCCGAGUGUCCGCUCGCCUUCGCAGCAAAAUGCAACUUGAACCGACAUUAUAAAGUUGCACACCUGGGUGAACGCGAAUCUUUCCUGUGCCCUUUGUGCGGGCGCACGGCCACCACUAGGUCUUCAUUGAAGGUGCACAUUCGUGCGGUGCAUGGCAAAGCCGGGUGGCCCAAGCGCGAUCGCAGCAAACGCGAGAAAUGCACGCAGCUAGAUGAUGAAUAAAGGUGCACGUUCGUACGGUGCACGGCUACGCCGGAUGGCCCAAGCGGGACCGCAUCAAACGAAAGAAAAAGACAGAUGAUGAUAGAUGAUCAAUGAUUAAAUACUUCUCUUCUUCUUCCUCGCGU